ACGAUGUAAACUCAUUCAAAAUACCACUGUUCAUUUGACUUCAUUCAAAUUUUGAUUAUUAAAUUUCAAUUUUAAUAUUUUGCUUUUUAUUCACAUUUCCAUUAUUUUAUUCGACUAAACACUCAUUGACUUUAUUUGGACACUACCGUGUUGUUGGUUGUAGACUUACGUAAGACCUUUAAAGACAGCUUUCAGUAAAACAAUAUGGGAUAUUGCAAUAGCCAGAGGGUUCUUGUUGCUCUAGUUAUUGUGCUCUCUGUAGUCAUAGCGAUUCUGGUAGGCGUGCUAAUCUGGAGAGAAACAAGGGAAGAAGAGAAGGCCGAGUUGACAAGUGAAAAUAUUAUGAAGGCGUACCCUAGUUACUUUAGGACCGAUGAAGAACAGCAAAUCUUUGAGCAAACGUUUUUGGAAGGAAUUGAAAAUAGGUUUACAGUUCUAAACGUUACGGCACCUUUAAACGAAACGUGUGCGUUUAAUUGUUUUGGAGGUGAAUUUCCUGCCAGACGAAGGAGACAAGCGGGCGGUGGAGUAUUACAUGGGUGUUGUCAGUCGACAGUUAAGUUCUCGUUUCCUAACCAGAAAAACAAUAUCCUUGGCGAUCGCCGUAUCCUCUUGCAGCUUAAAGAUGCCAAACAAUUUUUUGCUGAACAUCAAUGCAAAUCGGUGGCUGGAUGUACUGGGUGCACGUGUCAACAGGAGAAUGAAGCACACACAGCCGUUGUUAUAAAAUCACACAUUGGCAAUGUCAACAAAGCCAAAAUGACAUCAUUGUUGACAUUUCUCCUUGUGAGAGAGUACUCUACAUUAGGAUACGUAACUUUUGCGAUAAUCAGUCAAGGAGGCAGAUGGUUCUUUUAGUGAAUAUAUUAAUUACUCUCGGACACGUACAGGAAGAGAUUUUUACCACAUCUUGACUAUCUACAGACGUAUUGGAACAUUUCUGACGAUGCUGCCUUGUCCCGUUUGCGGUAUUUAAAAAUGGCGGACACAGAACUUUGGACUACUUCUACAUUUUAGGGUCCGGCUUUUUGUGAAUGUAUCUUUGUUAUGAAUGAAACUUUUGGUGAUUCAUAUUUAUGCUUAAACAAAGUAUUUCAUAUUAAUUUUAACAUUUUACUAUGUAUGUUCUAUAUAUUGUAAGCGUAACAAAUUUCGUCUGCAUGUAUCACUACGUUUUUGUCAGUAUUUUAUUUCAUAAUGUAUAUCAUGUAUAAUUAUGUGGCUUUUCUUUUAAGCAGUGCAUGUAGUACUCGAGCCUGAAAUGUAAUUCACUUAUAUUGUUUUUAUUGUUAAAUAUUAAUUUGGGCGUAUCACAGUAACUAGUCUUAAGGCGGGAUUUUUCAUUGGUCAAAGCCGUUGCCAUUGGCACUCCGAAGGCUAUAUAAAUACGGACGUCCGCUUUCAGUCGGUAUCUUCUUCUCAACCGUACAAUCUUGAGAAGUGAAACUCACAGACGAGACAUCUCUAUUCAGAAAUACAUUUAUUUUCUAUUCAGAAAUACAUAAAAAGCUCUUUAACAAGGUAAAAGAAACAACUUUUUCAUCCAUAUUAAUGCUUUGUACUGGUGCUAUAUACCUGCUUUGACUGAAGAAGAUCCCAUUGCAUAGGGCCUGGCCUAGCUCCUCCAUUGUUAAUCUACGAGUACGAUGUAAUAUUCAUUUCUACGAUUUCUCGAACGUACUCUGACGUUAUGUAAGCGUUAUACGAUUAUUGUGACGUCGCAAUAUUAAUUAAAGAGCUAUUUUAACCA